CGCGAAGAAUUGACAGGCGGCCGCCGUCAAUAGGCGGCGGUCAGCGCUGUAAAAAUUAGUUAGUAGGAGAAAGCGCAGAGGAGAGAGUGAAAGAGAAUUUGUGAUUGCUUGUUUUGAUGCGGCGCAGGCAUAAGUGUGAACAAGAAAAAGGCAAAGCCUACAUCUCCUCGAUUCAUUAUCCCCACAUAAAUGAUCAUCUAAUAUCCAUUUCUGAAAACAAAAGGAAAAGUAGGGACUCUCUCUCUCCCUCUCUUCCGACUUUGUCUGAAGCUGCAAAAUCUCCAUUCAGGCUAGCUAUCCUAGGGUUUUAGUGUCAACCCAAGUCGUCGGAUAACCGGUUCUCCCUUGCUCAUAGAAGGGAAAAUUCGUUUCAUCGUCGUCUGGGAGGGGAGAGCGACAUGGUGAAUGCGCUGGUGGAGGGGGCGACGAGCGAUAUGCUCGUUGGUCCUGAUUGGGCCUUGAACCUCGAGAUCUGCGAUAUCCUUAACAACGACCCUGGGCAAGCAAAGGAUGUUGUAAAAGGACUUAAGAAACGCCUUGGAAGUAAAAAUGCUAAAGUUCAGAUUCUUUCCCUCAUGCUUCUCGAGAUGUUGAUGAAAAAUUGUGGUGACGUUGUCCACAUGCAUGUAGCCGAGAGGGACGUUCUACACCAAAUGGUGAAGAUUGUUAGAAAAAGGCCUGUUGGGCAUGUCAGGGAGAAGAUCUUGUCUCUUAUUGACACCUGGCAAGAAGCUUUUGGUGGGCCAAGGGCAAGAUAUCCACAAUAUUAUGCUGCAUACCAAGAGUUAUUGAGUGCAGGUGCUGUAUUUCCACAAAGAUCUGAGGGAGCUGCUCCCAUAUUCACUCCUCCUCAAACACAGCCUCUGUCAAGUUACACUCAAUCCUUGACUGGCCCAGAUUAUCAGCGAGCAAUCGGUUCAGAGUUUCCAACUUUGAGCCUUACGGAAAUCCAGAAUGCUCGCGGUAUAAUGGAUGUUCUUGCUGAAAUGUUAAAUGCUUUAGAGCCAGGAAAUAAGGAGGCUCUCAAACAAGAGGUAAUUGUAGACCUGGUUGAACAGUGUCGUUCUUAUAAACAGAGAGUUGUUCAGCUUGUGAAUACUACUACUUCGGACGAGGAAUUGCUUUGUCAGGGCUUAUCACUGAAUGAUGAUUUGGAUAGGCUUCUCUCUAAGCAUGAUGUAAUUUCUUCAGGUACUUCUGUUCAUCCUGAGACGCAAAAAACAACUUCAGCAUUUUUAGGCAUUGGUGAUGGGUCAGGCGUCAGUAACACUAGUUCAGCAAAGAUGGACAAGGGGUCCUCGUCAAGCAGCUCUGCAAAUCAACCUCCCAUGCAGCAGCUACUGUUACCUGCACCACCAGCUGCAGCCACAGCUCCUAGUCCCGUUAUCGAUCCUAAGAUGGACCUUCUAAGUGGUGACGACUACCAAUCACCUUCCAGCAAUGAUAUCCGAGCUCUAGUUCCUGUUGGUGAACCAUCUGCGCUUGCCUCCCGGCCCCAGCCUCAGUUGUCACAGGACUUGAUUGUGCUUUCGGAACCAUUUGCUCAGGAUUCACCUACUACCACUUCCCUUGAUUCCCAGAUGAAUGUACCAACAUCACAGACAUCCCAGGUUCAGAAUCUGUCACAAACACCACCACAGCAGCAACAAUCACAGCCUAUAUUUUAUCCAAAUGAAAGUCUUUCCUAUGUUGUGGGACCUCAGCAACAGCAGAUGCAGCAUACCCUCUACUCAAAUGGAGUUGUCCCCCUGGCCACACAGUCACUGCAGCAGAUAGAGCCUACAGUAUAUUCAAAUGGAGCUUUCCCAACAAUGGGAGCACCUCAACAGAUGCAGGCACAGAUGCAGCGUGCUGUAUAUCCAAAUGGGGGUCUGCCAAACAUUGGAGCACCCCAGUAUGAUCAGGCGGUUUACUUACAAAGGGUGAAUGUAAAUCAAAUCCAUCCUGCGUGGAGCACGCAGUUUGCAAACUUGAGCCCGCAUCAGCAGAAUGCCUUUUAUGGCGCCCCACAGAGGCUUCCUCCUGCACCCUGGGAUGUCCAGCCCAUCCAGACUCAAUCUAUGGCCUUUGCUUCUAUCCAGCAGCCAGGGGUGCAGUUUCCUGACCAGAGGACUGCAUACUACUUUGCAACAGCGCAGGACUUAUCUCAAAGGGCACGUGGUCUUUCUCUCCAAGAUAAUAGAUACGUGAGUCCUUACCAGACUUCUGAAUCUUACUUGCAGCCCAAGAAUCAAGCUAAGCCUGAGGACAAACUCUUUGGUGAUCUCGUAAACAUUGCAAAGACAAAAUCCAAACCCUCUGCUUCCGUCAGUUGACAAGAAAGCUCAUGUUACUUUUGAAUGAUACGCAGCUUCUAGUUCCUGGUUCUAGUGGCCUAUUGUGUCUUCCAUUCAUAUGUCCACUUAUUGCAGCGAUGUAUAUUCUUUCCCAUCUACUCUACUAAAAUUGUAGUAACGAUUCCUUGUAAAAUAAGAGUGCGGUUUUUGUUUCA